AUGGCAAAAUACAUUGCUCAAAUUAUAGUGCUGGGUGGUCAGGCAAUAGGACGCGCUUUUGCCAAGGCGUUGAAGCAAGAAAUAGCCGCAUCGCAGGAGGCUGCCAAACGUGCCGGUGGCGGUAGGCAAGGGGAUCAGAGUGCCGAGUCGAACCUUCGUACGGGUAUGACCCUGGAGGAGGCCAAGCAAAUUUUAAACGUUGAGGACCUUAAGAGCGUGGACUGCAUUGUCAAAAACUAUGAGCAUCUAUUUAACGUCAAUGAUCGUGCAAAAGGCGGCUCAUUUUAUCUGCAAUCCAAAGUCUUCCGCGCCAAGGAGCGUCUGGAUCACGAGAUAAAAGCACAGGAGCAGCAUCAAAAACCAAAACACGAGCAUCAAUCGGAAGAAGCGCCCCAAAGCAGAGCAAGGCAGAGUAGUUAAGAAACUUGUGUGCUUUCUACCUCCGUAUAAAAUUAGCUUUAGUUUUAAAUUGAUUAAACUAGAUUCUAAGUAGCAAUGCAACGUUUUUUUUGUUGCGUGUAAAUAGAUACAAACAACCAUUUAGCACAUUAUAACGAGGUUUUUAAUAUUGCUAAGAAUCAGCUGUUUGGUGUAUGACAGCCCUGUAUGUUGCUACGCAAGGUUGACUGCGCCGAACAGCUGGUGCUUGGCAGCACUGGAAGGCACACAAAGACAAGAUCGAAACUAAAUGCUACGUUGUUAUUAAAUAUACGUAUUUAUUUUUUGUGCGUACAA